GGGGAUUUAUUACAUUCAAAAAAUUCCCUGUUAUUAGCAAAACGAUUUAAAGUCAUAUAAAACAUCUUCCAGAAUACUACCGCGUGAUGUUGAAGUGUCAUCAGAAUUCAGAAAAGUUACCUACUCAUUGUUGAGAUGGGCACAACAUAUUAAAUUAGCAGGAUAAAUUAGCACAAAAUGGGCCGAAAAUUAUAAGACACUUACGGAUCCUUUUUAUGCUUAAGCAUGUGUAAGAAGAGUCUAAAUUCAGCCCUUUCUAAUUUUAAAAGUACGAAAUAUUUUAAGAAAUGCUCCCCCACUUCAAAAAUACGAAUUUUAUUGACAACAUUUCGAGGUAAAGUAACAAGGAGCAAUGUGACAACGAACACACAAGAAAAAUCGUUUGAACCCAAUACGUGUUUUUCAAAAUUUGUGAUCGGCUUUCGCGAGUCGUAAUUUCAUUCAUUGUUGCACAUGGCCAAAAUACCAAUUUCGAUUAAGUGUCGAAAGCGCUCACUUUGUACCAUGCAAUAUGAGACAUAUUAUGUAAAAAUUCAGACGAUUUUGGCAAAAAUUAAGGCCCAUAAGACCAAAUCGCGGUAAAAUGCAUGGAAUUUAAAACAGUGCAAGUAACACUAACUUGCCACUAUCUCCAUUGGUGGUGAUUACGCGUAGAUUUCCUUAAUGAAAUCUAAUCUACAUAUUGUUUUUAAUUCUUUCGAAUGAUAGCAAAGUUCAAUCACUCUACCUACUGCGUAAUCGUGGUGUAGGUAAUUACGAACGUAAUAGUCUGCUUCCGUCCAGGUUCGUACGUGAAUUUUUAAAUAAUUAAUUAUACCUACCUAAUCAAUUGUAAUUUUUCCAAAUUUAAACAGGAAUUCUUUCAAGGUUGAUUAAUUUCAAAAUGCAAUUUAUUCAUUUUUGCACCUAUCUAAAAGAACGUGACGCUUAAAACUACUAGUUGUCCUUCAACGCCAUCAGUAGCUCGAAUUUUUUGUCUCUAGACCUAAAACAACACUUAACUCACCUUUGUACUUUUAACGAUAAUUCAGGAUUAAUUUACGACCCAUAUAAUUUGAUCAAUAAAAAAUUAAACAAGAGACUAUGACUCAGCAUACCGCCAUGGAUCAAAGUUAACAUCAUGACGAAACCUCUCUACCUAUGUUGUUAGUUCUGUUGAAGCAUUCAGCAUGAAACCACACAUACAUACGUUCAACUAGUCCUUAAUUAACCAUGUCGGAAAAGAUACCGACCAAUGUGAAGUGGUACGACAAGUUCUCAUACAGCAUCGUGACAUUUACCGAGUACUUCUUUUACAAUUUAGGAUUCAAAGUAGCAUCAAGACCAUGGACUACAAUUGGUAUUUGUUGGCUGAUUGUUAUACUAUCCGCUUUUGGAUUUUUUCGAUUUCAUCAGGAGAAGAAUCCAAUGAAAUUGUGGGUGCCAGCACAGUCAGACUUUUACCAUGAUACUAACUGGUUAAUGAGCAAAUUUCAAAAUGGGUUUCGAUUGGAAAGUGUGCUUUUUGAGGCACCUGAUGUUUUAACCCCCGAGGUUUUAAAGGAGAUACUAGGGGUGGACCGAAAAAUCAAAUCAAUUGUAACCUCUGAUGGAGUUACAUGGGAAGACAUCUGCUUCAAAAUUCCAGAGGUGGAUUCCAGUUUAGAGUUUCUAUAUACAUCCAAAUCCAAGAACGGAACCAUGGAAAUUUUUGAUCCAAGCGUCUACCUAAGCACCUCGACCUACUGCAAACUGCUGGAAAGUUUCGACAACGUAUGCUUUGAACGGAACCUUUUGCAACUUUGGAAUUUUGAUGAAAGAAAGUUAAAUAAGCUGACAAAACAGGACAUACUGGAUAAAAUUGAUAAAUAUAAAAUAGAUCCCAUUUUAGGUAAUUUGAAAAAUUACGAGGAUUUACUAGGAGGGAUUGUGCGGAAUGAAACCGGGCAUAUUGUGUCCGCAACUAGUUUGCACACCUUGUAUAUGGCCUACGUUAACUUUUCGGCUGUCGACAUGGACCAGGCGGGUAACAUGGCAGGUACAGCUGACUGGGCCUCUUUGGGCACGCUAGAAUGGGAGAACGGCUUUAACGCGCUGCUUGAAGACAUUACGAAAAAUGGAACCGAUCUCGGAAUUUACUAUUCGGCUGCGAGAAGCUUUGGCGAUCUGACGGCGCAAUCCAUGUUUCAAGACAUGGACAUCUUAGUCAUUGGAGUGGGGAUUAUGAUUUUUUACGUGCAAUUUGUGAUAUCAAAGUUUAACUGCGUGGAAGCGAGGUUUGUGUUAGGAUAUAUGGGUUUGCUAUCCGUUGGAAUGGCCUUCAUUGUAGGUUGUGGCUUCUGCUCACUUGUGGGUAUCUCCUAUGGUCCUGUACAUACUUCGUUGCCAUUCCUUUUGAUGGGGUUGGGAGUGGAUGAUAUGUUUGUGAUAACAGCCUGCUGGGAGGAAUUGGUAUCCGAGUCGAAACUCUCAUUAGAACAGCGAAUCGGUUACAUGUUAAAGCAUGCGGGGGUGUCGAUAACAGUCACAACACUUACAGACGUUAUGGCAUUUUUAAUCGGUUCAUCCACUAUUUUACCAAGCUUACAAUCGUACUGUCUCUUCGCGGCAGCUGGAGUCUUUAUGACAUUCGUGUUUGUGAUAACAUUCUUCAUUGCCUGCUUUACCCUGGAUCAAAAGCGAAUAUAUGCCAACCGCAACGGGGCGUUAUUCUGUUACACACACAAAAACCAUGUAAAAAACGAGUGCAGUCAGCGCAAAAUAUCCAACAGUGUAUUCAGAUUCAUUUACUCAAAAAUCAUAUUUACUCUCCCUGGAAAGAUCAUUGUAAUACUAACAACAGUAAUAUACCUAGGCUUCAGCAUCGAAAGUACAAUAAAACUAGAACAACGAUUCGAUCCCCAAUGGUUCAUACCUCAAUCGACUCACUUACAUACGUACCUGAAGAAACGGAUCGAGCACUACCCCACGGCCGGACACGAAGCGGGGGUGUACUUCGGUUCGUUGAACUAUAGCAGCGAAAUCCACAACAUCAGAAACAUAGUGCGAUCACUGGAAGACAGCCCUGAUAUUAUCGAAAAUCUUCAAUCUUGGGUAGACCCAUUUCGAGACUAUGUAAAGACGAACUUCAAAAAAGAUAUGUUCAAAGAAACUCUUAGCAACAGUGAGUUCAACUUAUUUUUAUCAAAAUUCCUGUUCAGUCCUAAUGGGGCAAGGUUUCAGGCAAAUUUUAGAUUUACUCACGAUCUCGAGUGUGGUAUACCCACAACCAGUAUUACUAUGUCUAGCGUUAACUUUAGACUGCGUCAUUUUGAUGGAUCAAAGCAGUAUUUGCCAGCGAUGCAUAGGGCGACGGAAAUUGCGAAGAAUAAUAAUUUUACGUCUGGUGAUCGGUUUGCAACGGUGUGGUCGAAGAUCUUUGCGACUUGGGUCACUGAUGAAUUAAUAGACGUGGAAGUACUGAGAAAUUUACAACUGGCGUUGUUGUGCGUGAUGAUAUGUACAGUUGUUCUGGUGGCCAAUUUGCAAAUUUGCUUCUGGAUUUUUAUUUGUGUACUGUUAACCAUGGUUAACGUGUGCGGAUUUAUGCAACGUUGGGGGAUUACAUUGGAUAUGGUCUCGUGCAUUGCGUUGGAGUUAGCAAUUGGAUUAUGUGUGGAUUAUGCCAGUCACAUUGGCCAUACCUUCCUCACGAUACAAGAAGGAUCUCUAGAAGAGCGCUCACUACGGACAGUAGUGUCGAUUGGUUCUGCCGUCUUAUAUGGGGCAUUCUCAACGUUCAUUGGUGUAUCAAUGUUAUCAUUUUCGCAAGCGUAUACCUUUCAAGUAUUCUUUAAGAUUUUUUCUUUGGUGGUCUUAUUUGGUAUGUUUCAUGGUGUUGUAUUACUGCCUGUGAUAUUAAGCUUCGUUGGUCCAAAGCCUUAUUUUGCACAUAAACUUAUUUCUCAAUCAAAUGAUGUGAUAUAAAUAAAGUUAUUUUUACUUCGU